AUGGGCUGCACUCAAUCCAAGACAAGCUGUCAUUUUCCUGCUGAGGCGUCUACCGCAGCAGUCGAGAAUCAUGUCGGAUUAAGCGUCACGGAAGCCAAGGCAGAGUUGAUCAAGAAUGAGACUGUGGUCGUUGUGUCUCCCUCUGUGAAUGUGAAAAAGACUCCUGACUUUGCCUUUAAAUUCGUGCCGGGUGAAGUCAGCACUAACGAGUACGGUAUCGCCUUUUACAACUUUGAUGGCUACAACCCUGCAAAUCCCAGUCAAGAGGUGCACGUGUGCAAACGCUAUUCGGAGUUCAAACGCAUGUACGCGAAGAUCUCAGAGCUCGUAGCUAGCGAGGAAAACGUUAAAGUCGAGGAUAAGGUGACGUUCCAAGCGUACCCGGCACUUCCGUCAAUGCCUCGGGCUAACGUUGUCACGUUUGUACUCGGUCGUGGCAACCAGGAUGUAGUAAAGGAGCGUGAGGCUCAGUUUGUAAAGAUCUUGAACGCAAUUGCAGCUCACCCCAUUGCCUUUCAAAGCAAGCCUUUCACGGAUUUUAUCGCUUAA